AUGAGCGCAAUCAGCAACAAGCUUUCUAUCCGGGAUGUGGAACUCAAGGGCAAGCGUGUGCUGAUGCGUGUCGAUUUCAACGUACCCCUCGUCGAUGGCAAGGUCACUGACGCCACCAGAAUUAACGCUACCAUCCCCACGAUUAAGUUAGCCAUGGAAAAGGGCGCCAAGGCAGUGAUUUUGAUGUCCCACUGCGGUAGACCUGACGGACGUCGCCAGGAAAAGUACUCCCUUAAACCCGUUGUGCCCAUCCUCGAGGAGAAGCUCGGCAAGACCGUCACUUUCCUCAAUGACUGUGUUGGCAACGAAGUUGAGGGUGCCUGUGCUAACCCUGCUGACGGCUCCAUCAUUCUCCUCGAGAACCUCCGCUUCCACAUCGAGGAGGAGACCAAGGGCACCGAUGAGGCCGGCAACAAAAUCAAGGCCGACAAAGAUGCCAUCACCAAGUUCCAGGCCUCCCUCACCAAGUUGGGAGAUGUAUUCGUUAACGACGCCUUCGGCACCGCCCACCGCGCUCACUCUUCCAUGGUGGGCGUUCAGUUGGAGACUCGCGCUGCCGGUCUGCUGAUGGAGAAGGAGCUGAAGUACUUCGGUGGUGCCCUUGAGGAGCCCAAGAGACCCUUCCUUUCCAUCCUAGGUGGUGCCAAGAUCCGCGACAAGAUCCAGCUCAUCGAGAACAUGCUUGAUAAGGUCGAUGAGAUGAUCAUUGGGGGCGGUAUGGCCUAUACUUUCCUUAAGGAACUUGAGGGUAUGAAGAUUGGCACGUCCCUAUAUGAUGAGGAAGGCGCUAAGAUUGUGCCUAAGAUCAUGGAGAAGGCGAAGGCGAAGAAUGUGAAGAUUACUCUUCCCGUUGACUUUACCAUCUCUUCCGAGUUCGGUGAGAAGGGGACCAUCAAGACUGUUACCAAGGCCGAAGGUAUCCCCGACGAUAUGAUGGGUCUGGACUGCGGCCCGGCCUCUAUUGCUCGCGCAAAGGAGGUUAUUGGCCGCGCUAAGACUAUUGUCUGGAAUGGUCCUCAGGGUGUGUUCGAGAUGCCCGCCUUCGCGAAGGGUUCGUUGGCGUUUGUUGACGAAGUUUGCGAAGCUACCAAGAACGGUGCCAUCACCAUUGUUGGCGGUGGCGAUACUGCUUCUCUUGUUGAGAACGCUGGCAAGUCCAGCGGUGUGUCGCACGUUUCCACUGGCGGUGGUGCUUCCCUCGAACUGCUCGAGGGCAAGGAGCUCCCGGGUGUCACUAAGCUUUCUGACAGAGCUUAA